UUUACCGUCGUCUGGUGCGGACAAAAAGGCCGCAAAAACACACAAAUUUUGCCGUUGGAGUUAAACAACUAUCAGCCGCCGACGAUGGAAGUGGAGGUGCUCGAGGGUGAAGAGGUGUGCUACGAUCACGGGUACGCCGUGAGGGAAGACGACUCGAGAUGGAACAGUUUGUUUGCAAUGCUGUCGGGGAUAAGCAUCCGGAUAGAGGGAAUCAGCUCCGAAAUUAAUUCCAUCGACAGCAGGUUAAAAAAGUGCGAGAAGAUACAGGCAGAAACUGCAGCCGCUGUUGGGAGCGAGGUGGAAACGCUCAAAUCGCAGAUGGCUGCGCUGAAGAGUGUUAUUGAGACCGCCGAAAUAGAUGCGCUGGCGCCACCGAUAACCGAACUCAUCCAGCCGGCCAAAUGCAAGGAAGAUUUGGAUGCACUCGAAGAAAAAGCAUUGGACGAAGACUAUAAAAAUCAGCUGGUUUCCGCGGUUGCACGCAUACACGGUUGCAAUCGAAUAGGAGAGGGAGCCACCGUUAGCUAUCAAAUAAUUGAUUUCUUUUUCGAUCGAAAGUUUAUGGUGGAGUGCUCCUGGUCGGGAGAGUCGAUAAAAUCGGGAGUGCAUAAUUUUGACGCUAAAAUUGCCUUAUCCAAGUACUGUAAUCUUAUAGGUCUUUUUCAUGCGUGCGUUAACGUUACGGAUAGCACAUACACACAAAACGAGUGCGUCCAGGUCAUCCGUAUGUGCUUGAAAAAUUCCAAACGGCGGUUGAAGGCAAACAGGAGACGGAAAUCUGCAGCGCAACGGAAGAAGAAGCCCACUAGCGAAGAUUUAGCCGUAAGGAUGAUUGCGGAAAAACAGCUACGACGGCUCCAGGCGGUGGGGGUAAAGAAGAUAGCUAAAUCCUAAAUCCUGCGUUCGAGUAGCUCUAUUCUAUAAGGCGACAUUAAUUUACUGACGAUAACAACCUCAUCCGCUGUGUCGUUGGGACACUCAGUCCAUUCUACGGUCAGUUCCGCGUUGUGUCGACUUCUUGAUUGACACACAGCACAAUUUCUCUCUUUUCAACAAAAUCAUAAAAUAUAACUGGCACAUUUGCUUAUUAUGAAAGACUUAAGUAAAUUUCAUUUUAGUGGUAAAUUCCCGUUAAAUCUUUGUGUGGUUCCAAAGCAACUUAUCAAGCAGGCGAUGCAGUGGAGAGAUUUUGCCACAACAAAUAAAGCGUUAUGCGUUACGCAGUCGAUCAA